AUGCCGCCAUUCAUGAAGUUGUCUGCUUAUAUGCUCUCUUGGAAGCCAUGGGACCAAGAUGGUUUCGAUAGGUUCACCAUCGAAAUCCAGUUUUUAAAGACUACCACCUGGCUUCUGCAAUCGGGGGAUGACGAAGGAGACGAUGCUCAUGCAUUAGCGAGGACGAUUGAGGUGGUGGGUCCCGCAAUCACCAAGAGCUUCAGGUUCAAUACUCGCUGCUUACUAUCCGACCUCCAUCGUCCAAGGUUGGUUUCUUACAUUCUUUCCGAGAUGGGCUUGUCUGAGCAGGCGAAUGAGAUCCUGGAACCAACCAUUUCUCCAUUUGCCCGAGAGGUGGCCCUUGCUGUUUCUAAUGGAGCCCCCAUUGCGCUUGCUUCCGUCCAUAUAUUGCAGACGCUCACUGAACGCUACGACGAAAAUGCUGCCAUAGCCGCAGCUUCCAUGGAAUCAAUGGAUGCCGGCAAUGGUGGGUUCGGAGCUGUCCCUGCGUCUGCGUCCGCCAUUGAAGCGUUGGAAGUGACGAAACUCGACGUCGAUGGUGGUGGUGUGGGUUCCACUUCCACCAUAAAUUGUGCCAUCUGUUUGGAAGAGCUUCCGAUCGGGUCGCAGAUCACUCGCAUGCCUUGCUCGCAUGUCUAUCAUGGAGGUUGCAUUUCUCAAUGGUUGCAGACGAGCAACUUUUGUCCGUUGUGUCGUUAUGAGAUGCCUAAAGUUUGA